AAAAUCGAAUCAGUUAAGAGAAAAAUAAUUGAGAAGCAUGCAUACUGACCAAUAGGACAGCUGUAAACAUGCUCUAAAGAGGCAGGAUUCACUAUAUUUUAUCGCUAUUGUUGUUCCUUCGAAACAUAAUUCGGGAUAAUCAUACUUUGGUAGCUAGAUAAUUAAUAUGUUUAGUCAGAACACUUUGCACGAUCCACAUCUGUUUGAUAUGAAGUCAAAUGAACUUGGUCCGUGGAAACAUCGACAUUCAUGUUUACUUUAAGAAUGCUAACUGCUAGCCACUUAUCUUGGGAUUUGUGAUGAGAUUGGAAGCGGAGGGAAAGGAGGAAAAAUCCGUGCUGGGCUGCCAUGGGCAAGUUGGAAGAAAAACGUUCGCAAUGUUAUGCGACACAUGUGAAAGAGGGGGUUUAUUUUAUUAAUAUUAAGUUAUAUGAAUCGGUUGGUGUUGUCGGUUAGACAUUUUACAAUUGUCAGAAGCUAACUAGCCACGUAUUGAUAAUUAGACUUUUAAAAUGGCGGAAGGCUGGCCCAUCCCCCCGACCCUCUUGUUGUUGAGUUUGAGUGUCUGCUGGGCACAGGAUUCCUGCCCUGCUCCAUGCUCUUGUCCAAGGGGGUCAGAGGAAAUCCAAAUCCUGGAUUGCAAUAGGAAAAGGUUGGCAGCGGCCCCCCUGGAUCCACCUCAUGGGAUAACUCAUCUCACUAUGAAUCACAAUGAUCUGACAACUGUUCCAUACCUUGGAGAAGUUACCCCAAACAUCACAACACUCUCAUUAGAAUCUGGCACUACUUCCAACCGGCCUCACAACCGCAGACCACGUGUUACCACGCCAGCCCAGGACCUCCACAUCCAGCUUCUUCACCUACGGGAUCGUCUGAGAUCGGCCACCUGGGCAGCUGAUGAAACUGAGGAGUAUUUCUGUCUGUAAUAAAGCGCCUUUGUGGGGAGAAGCUCGUUCUGAUUGGGUCCACAACCGGAUCUCAGAGCUGUGGAUGCAUCAGCUGCAUCCAUACAUAUCCUUGGAGACACUUGACCUGUCAUCUAACUCCAUCUCAGAGAUCAAGGCUGGAGCUUUCCCACCCAUGCAGCUGAAAUACUUGAAUUUAAGCAAUAACAAGAUCAGUGUCCUUGAACCUGGCUGCUUUGACAACAUCUCCAGCUCCCUGCUGGUUCUGAAGCUGAACAGGAACAGAAUAACACUGCUACCAUACAAAGUUUUCAGGCUUCCCCAGCUGCAGUUCCUGGAAUUGAAGCGCAACAAGAUCAAGAUGGUGGACAGCCUGACCUUCAAAGGGAUGGCCUUACUGAAAUCACUGAAGAUGCAGCGGAAUGGCAUCACAAAGCUGAUGGACGGUGCUUUCUUUGGGCUCAACAACAUGGAGGAGCUAGAGCUGGAGCACAACAAUUUGACAGAGGUCAACAAAGGCUGGCUGUAUGGCCUGCACAUGCUGCAUGUUCUGCGGGUCAACCAGAACACCAUCGGCAUCAUCCGACCAGACGCCUGGGAGUUCUGCCAAAAGCUGGAGGAGCUAGAUCUGUCCUUCAACCACCUCACCCGGUUGGAGGAGACCGCGUUCAUUGGACUGCGCCUUCUGGAGAACCUGAACCUAGGAGAGAAUACCAUCAGCCACCUGGGAGAGGGAGUCUUCAGCAGUCUGGCCAAUCUGCGCUCACUAGACAUACGGAAUAAUGAGAUCUCUUGGGCCAUUGAGGAUUCCAUUGGUGUGUUUGUUGGAAUGAAGAAGCUGAACACAUUGAUUCUACAGCGGAACAAGAUUAAAUCUAUCACAAAGGAAGCCUUUGAGAGUCUGGAGGAACUAGAUCACUUGGACCUGAGCAAGAAUGGGAUCAUGUCCAUCCACCCUGAUUCAUUGUCUCACAUGAACUUAAAAGUGUUUUUUCUGAACACUAGCAGCCUGCUGUGUGACUGCCAACUGCAGUGGCUGGGCCCAUGGUUGACUGACAACCGCUUCCUGCAGUCUGUCUCCGCUAUGUGUGCUCACCCUGCCAGCCUGCUGGGCCGUAACGUCCUGUCUGUCAGCCUGGAGGAGCUGGUCUGUGAUGACUUCCCAAAGCCCCGGAUCACUGACCACCCUGACACCGCCACUGCCCUGCGUGGGACCAAUGUGACUCUGAGCUGCCUGGCAUCCAGCAGCAGUGACUCCCCCAUGGCCACGGCCUGGAGGAAGGACGGGGAGGUGCUGUGUGACGCAGAGGUGCAGAAUUACGCCCGCUACCAGGAGGGAAAGCUGUUCUACACCACCGUGCUGCAUCUCCUCAACGUCAACUUCACAGACGAAGGACGCUACCAGUGUGUUGUCUCGAACCACUUUGGCUCUAACUACUCCAACAGGGCCAAGCUCACAGUCAAUGAGCUGCCGUCCUUUCUGAAGACUCCGAUGGACCUGACCAUACGCACGGGCACCAUGGCCAGGCUGGAGUGUGCUGCCGAGGGUCACCCAUCACCCCAGAUCGCCUGGCAGAAAGACGGGGGCACAGACUUCCCUGCUGCCCGGGAGAGAAGGAUGCACGUCAUGCCAGACGAUGACAUCUUCUUCAUUGCCAAUGUAAAGACGGAGGAUAUGGGGGUGUACAGCUGCACAGCCCAGAACGCUGCAGGGAGCCUGUCUGCCAACGCUACACUCACUGUGCUAGAAACUCCGUCCUUCAUGCGUCCCCUGGAGGACAGGACGGUAGCUCGUAGGGAGACGGCAGUGCUCCAGUGUAUCGCAGGCGGAAGCCCAGCACCCCGCCUCAACUGGACCAAGGAUGACGGGCCCCUGGUCCUCACCGAGCGACACUUCUUUGCCGCCGCCAACCAGCUCCUCAUCAUCGUGGACGCUGUGUCGGCAGACACAGGGAAGUACACGUGCAUCAUGUCCAACACGCUGGGCACGGAGCGCGGCCAUAUCUACCUCAGCAUAUCGCCCUCGCCCAACAAAUGCGACACUGCGGGCGGCUACAACAAGGAUAGCUGGAACACGGUGGGCAUCAUGGUGAUCGUGGUGGUCUGCUGCGUGGUGGGCACCUCGCUGGUCUGGGUCAUCGUCAUCUACCACAUGCGAAGGAAGAGCGAGGACUACAGCAUCACCAACUCAGACGAGAUGAACCUGCCGGUAGACAUCCCCAGCUACCUGUCCUCUCAGGGAACGCUGUCUGAGCCUCAGGAGGGAUACACCAACUCUGAAGCAGGGAGCCACCAGCAGCUCAUGCCACCACUGUCCAACGGCUACGUCCACAAGGGAACUGGCUACGUCCACAAGGGAACUGGCUACGUCCACAAGGGAACUGGCUACGUCCACAAGGGAACUGGCUACGUCCACAAGGGAACUGGCUACGUCCACAAGGGAACUGGCUACGUCCACAAGGGAACUGACGGUGUGUGCUACAGUGACACAGGCAGCGAGGUGGACACCGAGGCCAACGGGAUGCUGCACUGCCGCGUGGGCUCUCUGUUCACGGGACAAAGCAGCUUCCAUCCUGGGCAGCCACGCGAGGGACUGGCUGGGGUGUCGACAGGUGGUGCAGGGCCGCUGGUCAUCUGCUCGGACUGCUACGACAACGCUAACAUGUACUCUCGGACCCGGGAGUACUACGCCUACCUGGCCGAGGAUGACCCCCUGGACAAGGGUCUCUCUGGCAUCAUAGCCCACCUUCCCAAGCAGCCCUAUAGGGAGCAGUGAGGCCAGCAUGAGGACACAGCCCUCAUCAACAACCAGGACUCCUCACCAGCCACAACUCCUCAGUCUUCCUCACCAAGAGGCUGAGCAAAGCCCUCUGGCCCCCAGAACAACACUACAGCACCGAUGUUCCCCCAGGUCGUUUUGGGGCAAAGGGGAGGACUUGCCUACAGUGCCCCAACCAGGUCUGUCACAGCAGCCAGUGACUGUGCACACAACUCCCUAGGCAUCUUCAGUUGCUGAGGGAGAGGAGUGUGGAGGUGGAGCUCUCCCUUCCCCAGAGCACACAAUACCACAGAAGUGCCUCUUAUAGGACUACGUCUCAGCAGCACAUCCAGGCCCCCACAUAGAGCUCUGCCCCCUUCCCUAUACACCCUGCCAUCCUCUCUCACUGGGUCCUCUUCUUCAGCCACUACCUCCAAAGAGACCACUCUCUGCCAAAAAUGCUUUCUUGUAUGUUUAGAUUAUUUCAGUCACACAGAGACUAUUUGCUCCUAUGAUUUUGAAAAAGGACCAUAUCUAGGGCUUAAGAACUGAACAGGUGAAUUACGCACCCUGAUUCCCUCCACCUCCCCUUCCUCCCUCUCAUUCUAGAGGAAGCUAUGAAUGUAUGUGUCAAAGAGAAAUGUUGGAUGCUGCCUUUUUUGAGUUGUCAGAAUUUGAACGUGCUCUCACGACGUACUGCCUGGAAGGUGGAUUUGCAGCAGUGUUGAUGGAUGCCCCAGUUGUGCUUUCUGCUUGCAGAUGCCACAUUCUUGGUACAGUUUUGUUGGAGCACACUUCGUGAUUUAAGUUACAAGUCCAGGACAUUGCUUCCUCUCAUCCAGGACUAGAGGGGUCAAAGAGACCCCAGUUGUUUCUUGUUCAGCAGUGAGUGGUGCAUACCUAUAGGAUCACUGAAUGAAUCCCCCCUCUAGCCAUCCGUAUUGACUGUAAUCGUCUACUAUUAUGCAAACCCAGAGACAAUGACACUAGAUGUGUGAGAAUUUUCAUCUAUCUAUGUCUCUUAAGCUAAGAUUGUUUUGCCUUGGGUCAAAUAGAGGCAGUCGUACCGACAGUUACUCAUGUUUUUUGUUGUUGUAUGAAAACACACUGUCGAAGCAAAGAAAAUAUUCAGUAUUGCACAUUAUUUUGACAGUCAUGGUUCAGGUGGCCUCUCUUUAAUGGUCAUCUUUCAGAUGGUUUUCAACAGGCAUUCUCAGUAACCCUCCAUCAGGUAACCCUAUGGUUUCUAAUCACUUAUAUGCACUGAUCAUCAUUUCCUCUCAAAAGGUUAUUUUAUAGGCACUUACCUCAUACAUGGUGUGUUUUAUUAUGCAGUGUGUAUGCCAUUUUAGAUUCCUAAUGGAUAAUAUAUGCCUUUACCCCCAAUUUCAUCGACCCUAGAUACUGGCCAGAUUUAACCUUGGGACUGUGAAGAAUGUAUUGUAUUGAUUAAACGUUUAUGUAUACUCACAACUACGUCCCUCAAACCCUAAGAAGGUAGUUGGAAUUAUUUUUGUCCUAACCUGCAGUAAGUUAGAUUUGUUUUUUGUGUGCAUGUCAGAAUUUUUGUAGUCACUCCAGGGUGAUUCCUAACUUGAGAGGGUAGAUUUUCACAACAUUGUGGAAAGCAUGUAGAUCUCAAGUCAGGAUUUGGCCCAAAAUGUUGGCACAAAUUUCAUCUAGCUAAAACCAAGAUGUUUAAUAAGGGUUGUCUUUCAUUUAAAUCACACCUGUUUCCUUUGCUCAAAUAAAAUAACAAUCAUUUUGGCAAUGGAACAGAGAUACUUCAGAAUAAGAUGUAGAUGUGUGAAGGCUAUACAAACAAAGAUACUACAUGAACAUUGCCCUGACAAGUUUGGUUGAAUCCGUCCUUUAGUCAUUCUUUUACACCUUUUGAAAUCUCACAAUUAUUGCACUUCCGAUUCAGCCAAACAUGAUUGCAUUUCCUCUCUCUCGUGCACACUUUCAUUGCUGGUUUCUUUUACGUGUAUGUCAACUACUAUGCUUUUAUUCCUGCCUCUACCAUGUUGACAGUUAUACAUUUCCGUGUAGGAUUGUUUCUUAUGUUACACAAUGCAUUCAUGCUAAAAUCGUAACUUUUUGAUAAGACAUUCCGUGUGACUUUGCUUGAUAAUGCAUCUGGUACAUUUUCGUAUUUUGAGUUUGAUCAAAAAGGACUCCUUUUGUCAAUGUUGCAGUUGGUCUCAAACUGCUCUUUGUCUCUCUGGUACGUGACUUUGCACAUGAUUCUUGUACACAAUUGAUUUUUGUUGUGGCUUCUUUUCAAAAGUCCAUGGUUUUGAAGUUCUAUAAACCAGGUCAUCCCUUGUAUACCAAAAUAAAUCAUUCUAGCCACA